UAACCAAAACAUGGAGGUUAAUUAAAAAAUGAAAAGCAGAUUUAUGUUUUUGGCAGUGUGUGCUAUCGGAUUUCUUCUUAUCGCACAAUUCGCUACUGCCCUUGAUAAAAUUGAAGGGCCUUGGAUGUGGAUAAUCACCGAGAGCCCCGUCGGUGGAGGUGGUGCCGCCGUAACAGAUGACGACGGUAUCAAGGACGCAACAAAGGGUAAACUGACCGAGGAAGAUGUCGCAGAACAGGGCCUUACAAAGAAGAUUCUGAAAGUCAAGUUUCCAGACAAACUUAAGUGGACUGAAGGCGAAAUUGCAGCUGUGGGUGGAAACAAUAUCAACGACAUGCUUAUUAAAAUUAAGUUGGGACCCGGGGGUGAUGUCAAUGACUAUUGCUCCUACGCCGUGAUCAAUGCUGUAUCAAAAGUUAAGAAGGCUGGCGUUGAAGCCCGCGUCGGCAGCGAUGAUUCCGUUAAGGUCUGGAUGAACGGCGAAGAGGUUCACAAAAACGCUGUCAACCGGGGUGCUGGCGAUUUUCAGGACACAUUUGAGGUGGAUCUGAAAAAAGGCGAUAACGUUUUUAUGGUUAAAGUCUGUGAACGCGGCGGCGGUUGGAGCAUGUUCGCUGGGAUCGAUGCUCCUUUGGAAUACAACCUGAAGUUCAAAGGGACUUCCUGUUGAACCCGCUGGCAAAUUAGCAACGCAGUGGGCAGAAGUCAAACGUUCUUACUAAGUUGGUAUUUUGAGUCGGUAUUAUUGUUCCGGGUGUUCGUAAUUCGGAACCGCUUUUACCGGCUAAAACUGCACAAAGUUUUUUGUGCUUGAUUUAAUUGUGGUAUAUUUGAUAUACUAACCUAAAGAGGUUGUCCUAUCUUUAAUAAAAUAAGCGUCGGGCAAUAUUGUAGCCUUGAUCCGUUGAUUGAGGCGCGAUCCGCCCCGCAAGAACGGGCAACACUGAUUUCACGUGUGUGAUUUAAAAGUAAAAAAUUAAUUGGAGGAUUUUCAUGUAUAGAAAACUGUUCACAAUAGGGCUUGCAUUCCUCAUAACGCUUUUUGCAAUGACUAUGGCGGAUGUCGCCAAUGCCCAAGACAAAAUUACGGGUCCCUGGCUCUGGAUGAUUGCCCCAACCGCAGCAAACGAAGGCGGCGCAAAUUCGACCGAUAUCGAUUCGCUUGCUGAAGCCAGCGGUGGUGAUGUUACUGAGGACGAUGUCGCAGCAAACGGUGCCAACGAAGGCGACGCUGUUGGUGACUUGGCGUGGACACGUGGUGAAAUCACCGAUACCGGCGGCAACAACAUCAACGAUCUCGUUAAUGAGAUUGGCUUGGGCGAAGGUGAUGUCAAUGACCAUUCGUCUUAUGCACUCAUCAUCCUUGACGCUCCCGAAGCUCAGGAUGGCGUUCCGGCGAAAGUCGGUAGCGAUGACUCCGUCAAAGUCUGGUUCAACGGCGAAGUGGUUCACACAAACGCUGUCAACCGUGGGGCUGGCGACUUCCAAGAUGAUUUCACAGUUGACCUGGUAGCAGGUAAAAAUGUCCUGUUGGUGAAGGUCAGUGAACGCGGCGGCGGUUGGAGCAUGUUCGCCGGUGUCGGUGGCACGUGGGAUAUUUACCCUGGAUAUGAUGCCGUUUCCGUCGAACCUGCAGGGAAACUCUUCACAACUUGGGGAAGCCUGAAAACCAGGUAAUGUUUGGCUUUGCCA